AUUGAAUAGUGCACAGUCACAAUCAUGCUAUGAACAUAGAUAGUAGAUUGUGACCCCAAACGUCGAAGACCGACAAGGUGACGAUCCUCGAGUGGCUAGUAUCGUCGGUUUCGUAUGUGAUCAAUGUGUCUAACUUAUAUAAUUUUUAAAUAGUUUUUAAAUUUUACAAAAUUAUGAAAGCGCUAUAUUUUGAAAGGCACCAUAAAAUUCUCCCACAACCUAAUGUCAAUUGUUUCUCAUCUAAUGUCAACUAAUUUGCUGCUGCUCCUCUUACCUGCCGCCGCCGCCGCCGCCGCCGUAUGCCAUUGUCGCCACCGAUCAUAAUCAUCUCAAUUUCUAAAUCUUCACCAAAUUCCAACCCCUCAAUCGUCUGAUCAGAUGGCUGCUCCUCCUCCGGCACCACUCUCCUCUUCCAAAUCCAUCUCCACCGUCGCAACCACUGAGAAAGUCCAGCCGAUUCCAUGGACGCACCAGGAGACCGUCAAUCUUAUCCAGGCUUACCAAGAGAAAUGGUACGCUCUCGAACGAGGUCAGUUGAAGUCCAGCCAGUGGGAGGAAGUCGCUGUCACUGUCGCCGCCCGCUGCGGCUACAGCCACUUCGAUCCUUCGAAAACCUCCGUUCAGUGCCGCCACAAGAUGGAGAAGCUCCGCCAGCGUUUUCGCUCCGAGAAACACCGUCUCGCCAUCGGCACCCAAUCUUCCUCCCGUUGGCUCUACUUCGAACUUAUGAACAACCUAUUACGCGGUCCGCUACCUAUCUCCGCUCGUCCGAUGUCUUCGAUUCCGUUCGAUAACGACGAAGACCAAACCGCUGAGAAAUCUGAUAACUACAACUCCGAUUACGAGGAAGAGGAGAAGAAUCGCAGUAAAUCGAAGAGCAUUAGCAACAUACUCCGUCGGCCGAUUGCUUUUAAUGGAUCUUCCUCACGAAGGAGAAACAGAAAUUCUAGUGAAGAAGACGAAGACGACGACGAAGAAGAAGCCGACAUUAGGGUUUCCAGGUUUCCGGAGGAGGAUCUGGCAGGAGAGGCGGCGGUAGCUGAGGAAGGGAAAGAGAUGUGCUCCAAAUUAGCGGCAGAGAUUCGAUUAUUCGCCGAUAGAUUGGUCGGAAUGGAGAGUUUGAAGAUGGAGAUGAUGAAGGAAGCGGAGAUGAACAGAAUUGCGAUGGAAAACAGGCGGAUUGAGAUGAUUUUCGAAUCGGAAAAGAAGAUUGUGAAUUCAAUUGCAAAAGCUUUCGGAUCUCCUCCCCCCAAGAGGCUGAAGAUUGGCCAUGAUCCUUGAAGAUUUCCGCUCCUUGUUCUUCAGAAAAAGGGGAUCCUCUUCUAACUCUGUAAGAAAAGAUUUCUUUCAAGUUUCGUACAUUUUAACUAAUUUCAUUCAGAAACGGUUCUUGUUCAGACUAUUUCAGUAUUUACUAUGAAUCUGUUCUUCUCUCCGUCUCAAA